UGCCCUCCAUUGACAGUGAACAGCGAGGCUUGUUUGCUUGUGCGUGCUCCUUCGGUGUCAAAGCGACCGCUUCAACGAGUUCGUCGCAAGGCCCCACCAUUUUCCACGUUGACACAGAUGUCCUGAUUUCUACGAUAGGUUUCUGUCGCGCCGUGUGACAACUAGAAGAAACGUACAACACUCUCUCCCUAGGUUUCUCGUCGAACAACAGGUUUCUCCGCUGAAUAGCAGCGUUACGACUCGGAAGUAGCCAGAUAUAACACCUCUUUGAGUCAAUCAAGCCGAGAUGGCGGUGGGUUACCUCCCCCGCAUGGAAGACUCCGCCAUUCCGCGGCCCAGCGGAAUACCCGGGCCGAGGUUCCGCGACGCCAACAGCGACGCCUUUGCGGCGGGCUCAAGGUACCGCGAUUCAAGCACCGACGCGUUUACGGCAGGGACGGCUAUUCCUCUGCCGGGGGCCAUUCCUCUUCCAGGAGACCCGGGCCCGGUGUUUUUCAUGGGCGAGUUCCGCAAGAGCUCCGAGGCACAUCAGCUUCGUAAGAGCUCCGAGGGACAUCAGUUGGGGAAGAGCGUUGAGGCGCAUCAGCACGCGGCGGCUGCGGCGGAGUCAGCGCACAAGGCGGGCGAGCUGCAGCGGAGGAUCCAAGAGCUGGAGCGAGCCGCCCGGGAGCAGGAGAAGGAACUCGCCUCGCUGCGGUCCCAGAAAAUCUCAGCAGAGCACAGCCUUCGACGGGAGAAGGAAGGUUCCGCGUCGCUGCAGCGAUUGCUCCACCAGGAGCGGGAGGCGAAGGCGGCCAUGCUCGCGGCGCGCGACGACGAGGCCGCCGCGAUUGACGGCGAGAAACGCGCGCUGGUCGCGCGGAGCAAGCAGCUGGCGGCGCGUGUGGAGCGCCUCGAGGACCGAAUGGAGGGGCUGGAGCAGGAGAAGGAGCUCGUUGUGGCCGACCGCGACGCGAUCGCCAUGGAAUCAGAGGUGCUGGUGGAGCGGCUCGGGGAGGCGGAACAGACGGUUGAGAUGCUUCGGCAGGAGAACGUGAAUCUCGAGGCGGAGCUUGUGGCCGCACAAAGGUCGCGAGAUACGUACUGGACGCACAGUAUUGCACUGUACCAGGAUAAGGCAAAACUGGAGGAGCAGAUAACUCUGCUAAACAACAUCAGCAGCAAUCUGGGCAACUCCGGGGGGAGGACCAAGGCAGUAGGCACGGCAGGCAUUGCAGGCAGGAGAACCCAGACCCCCACAAGGGCAGGAGCAGGCGGAGCAGCAGCAGCAGCCGCAGCUGGUGGUGCCCGCCGAAACUCUCUACCUCUCCCUAACCCACGCUUGUCAGCCACCUCUCUCUCCUCCCUAGAGACUUCCCCCUUCGGUAUUGACCUCAGCUCUCUUGGCUCCUUCAGCGGCUCUGGCAUCAACAGUAAUCAUCGCAGCCUGCCCCACGCGCCUCCCUCCAUACCCCAACUGGUGAAGCAGCAGCUGGCGUUUGGCACUGUCUACGAGUGCCCUCCGCUGCUCGCAUCAGUAUCCAUGUCAGCGUCCAUGACAGCAUCCACGUCAGCAGCGACAGGCAUGGCACAGUACGGUGGUGGGCUUGACAUGGUGCGUGCAGCCAGCAUCGCCAGUGGGUCUCCUGCUGCUGCCGCUGGUGCAUUCAGUGCCGGUAGCUCAGGCACAGGGGCAGCGGCAGGAGCGUUUGUCUCAGCGGGCAUGCGGCGGAGCGGCAGCUUCACCUCGGGCCAGGCGCCUUCCUCCUCUCUCCUCACUCGCAGCUUCUCGAGCAAUACGGCAGAGCACAAGGCACGGCAGGCAAGCAGCAUGCUGGCAGCAUCCGCGGGUGGUGGUGGUGAGGAAAGCAUGCAUGGAGCUGCUGUGCUGGCAUCCGUGCAUGAGGGCCCCGAGUGAUCAGCUUCUUCCUCCUCUCUCCUGACUCAGCUUUUCGGGCCAUGCAGCAGAGCACAGGGCACAGCACGCAAGCCGCAUGCUGGCAGCAGCUGCAGCUGGUGGUGGCAGCUGCCGCGCCGGCAUAUUAACAAAUACUGGGGAUACUCGGCAAUGUAGUCUUAGGAUCACUCCCAUCCCAUAAGUUGUUUCAAAGAAAUGAAGUUUGUUCCUGAACACGAGGUGUCCUUGCACGAAGUUUGGUGAGAUGAUGGCAAAGAUGGAGGCGAUUUCCGUGGAGCUCGCCCAACUGAAGGAAGAGAGCGUGAGCCUUCGCCAUGCACGUGGUGAAACGCGUCAGGAGUCGCCUGUUACAGCGGACGAAGACCGUGCGAUCACGCACCAACCACAGGUAACGUCAGCAACACGUGACGACAACACGAACAAGCGGUGGGCAGUUGUGAAGGUUAAAUUGGCGGUGCCCCCACCGUUCAACCCACUCAAGAAACACAUGACGCUGAGUGGCUGGCAGGCUGUUCACAAUGGAACUGUUCUUCAAUGCUGCUGAUGUCAACGACAACGAGACACACGUCAAGUUGGCGGUAUCUUUAUUACGCGACCCUGCAUUAAGUUGGUGGCAACAAAAUGUGACGCCGCAAGGGACUCCGACAAACCGGCAGCAAGCGAUGGACAGGGAGCAACGAUUGGCUCCAACUUCAACAAGAUCCUUGUUUGGUGUGGCUAAGUGGGAUGCAAUGCUUCGCAAACUAUUUGAGCAUGUAUCUGCAUGCGAGAAGCUUGCAUCAGGCUGCAUGGAUGGCCUCAGCUGGGAUCUGUCCUAGAAUACUGUUAGAAUGCUAGAAUAAAUAGAAUGAGAGUGUACAAGGGAAUAUAGGCUAGUGUGUUGUACCCUCUGAGGCA